GGGAGAGCGAGCUCCAGAAGCGCUGUGAGCGCCAGCGGCUGUGGAACUCUGGGAGAGAACUCGCUGCUGGACGGCUGGGCGCUGAGUGAAUAACAGAAGUUCUUUGAGUUCCUAAUUCCUCUGUGUAACGCGCGCACCGACGUCUCACCGCAAACAUGCACGGGGCUCCCUCCGGGGAUAGCGCCUGUCCGCUACGGACCAUCAAACGGGUCCAGUUCGGCGUCAUCGGGCCUGACGAGUUGAAACGGAUGUCUGUAACAGAAGGUGGAAUUAAAUACUCGGAGACAACAGAGGGCGGUCGCCCCAAGCUUGGAGGAUUGAUGGACCCCAGGCAGGGCGUCAUUGAGAGGAGUGGGAGAUGUCAGACAUGUGCAGGUAACAUGACUGAAUGUCCCGGCCACUUCGGGCACAUUGAAUUGGCCAAACCAGUCUAUCAUGUUGGAUUUUUGGUCAAGACCAUGAAAGUGUUGAGAUGUGUGUGCUUCUUCUGCUCCAAGCUUCUGGUUGAUGCUAACAACCCAAAGAUUAAGGACAUCCUAAUAAAGUCCAAAGGGCAACCCAAGAAGCGACUGACCCACGUGUAUGAGUUGUGCAAGGGGAAAAACAUUUGUGAGGGGGGAGAAGAGAUGGACAACAAGUUUGGGGUGGAGCAGACUGAGGGUGAUGAGGACAUUCAGAAAGAAAAGGGACACGGUGGCUGUGGCCGCUACCAACCGCGUAUUCGCCGCACUGGGCUGGAGCUCUAUGCCGAGUGGAAACACGUAAACGAGGAUUCCCAGGAGAAGAAAAUCUUGCUGAGUCCUGAGCGUGUGCACGAGAUCUUCAAGCGAAUCACAGAUGAGGAAUGCUUCAUUUUGGGAAUGGACCCCCGAUUUGCACGUCCUGAGUGGCUCAUUAUCACUGUCCUGCCUGUGCCCCCCCUGUGUGUGAGACCAGCAGUCGUAAUGCAGGGCUCGGCCAGGAAUCAGGAUGACUUGACACACAAACUGGCUGAUAUUGUGAAGAUUAAUAAUCAACUCCGGAGAAAUGAGCAGAAUGGAGCCGCAGCCCACGUCAUAGCAGAGGAUGUAAAGCUGCUUCAGUUCCACGUGGCCACAAUGGUGGAUAAUGAGAUUCCUGGUCUGCCCAGGGCCAUGCAGAAGUCUGGACGUCCCUUAAAGUCAGUAAAGCAGAGGUUAAAAGGCAAAGAGGGACGAGUGAGGGGAAACCUUAUGGGCAAGCGAGUGGACUUCUCUGCUAGAACUGUCAUCACACCCGAUCCCAAUCUUUCCAUCGAUCAAGUUGGGGUGCCGAGGUCCAUCGCUGCAAACAUGAGCUUCCCCGAGAUUGUCACUCCUUUCAACAUUGAUAGGCUGCAGGAGUUGGUGCGUCGUGGGAACAGUCAGUAUCCUGGGGCCAAGUACAUUAUCCGAGAUAACGGUGACCGGAUUGACCUGCGAUUUCACCCCAAACCCAGCGAUCUACACUUACAGAUUGGUUACAAGGUGGAGAGACACAUGUGUGACGGAGAUAUAGUGAUCUUUAACAGACAGCCCACGCUGCACAAGAUGUCUAUGAUGGGACAUAGAGUUCGGAUCUUGCCAUGGUCCACUUUUCGUCUAAACUUGAGUGUAACCACUCCGUACAAUGCUGACUUUGAUGGGGAUGAAAUGAACCUUCACCUUCCUCAGUCUCUGGAGACCCGGGCAGAAAUUCAGGAGCUGGCUAUGGUUCCCAGGAUGAUUGUGACUCCUCAGUCCAACAGACCCGUCAUGGGUAUUGUGCAAGACACUCUCACAGCUGUGCGCAAAUUUACCAAAAGAGACGUCUUUCUGGAACGGGGAGAAGUGAUGAAUUUGCUGAUGUUCUUGUCCACGUGGGAUGGGAAGGUCCCACAACCGGCCAUCCUGAAACCACGUCCUCUGUGGACUGGAAAGCAGAUCUUCUCUCUCAUUGUCCCAGGGCACAUUAACUGUAUCCGAACCCACAGCACACAUCCAGAUGAUGAGGACAGCGGCCCGUAUAAACACAUCUCUCCAGGAGACACAAAGGUGAUAGUGGAAAACGGGGAGCUUGUCAUGGGAAUUCUGUGUAAGAAAUCUCUGGGAACUUCAGCAGGUUCCUUGGUUCAUAUUUCCUAUUUGGAAAUGGGCCACGACACUACCCGUCUGUUCUAUUCCAACAUUCAGACUGUCAUCAACAACUGGCUACUUAUAGAGGGUCAUACAAUUGGAAUUGGUGACUCCAUUGCUGAUGCCAAAACCUAUCAGGACAUUCAGAAUACCAUUAAAAAAGCCAAGCAAGAUGUAAUAGAGGUCAUAGAGAAAGCCCAUAACAAUGAACUGGAGCCCACGCCAGGUAACACCCUGCGUCAGACUUUUGAGAACCAAGUCAACAGGAUCCUGAACGAUGCCAGAGACAAAACUGGCUCCUCUGCCCAGAAAUCUCUCUCCGAGUACAACAACUUCAAGUCCAUGGUGGUGUCUGGGGCCAAAGGAUCAAAGAUCAACAUUUCCCAGGUUAUUGCUGUGGUCGGCCAGCAGAAUGUGGAGGGAAAGCGAAUUCCUUUUGGGUUCAAACAUCGGACGCUCCCACACUUUAUUAAGGAUGAUUACGGCCCUGAGAGUAGGGGCUUUGUGGAGAAUUCCUACCUUGCUGGUCUGACCCCAACUGAAUUCUUCUUUCAUGCCAUGGGAGGUAGAGAGGGUCUGAUUGAUACAGCUGUAAAAACUGCUGAGACAGGUUACAUCCAGAGACGACUGAUCAAGUCUAUGGAGUCUGUCAUGGUGAAGUAUGACGCUACAGUGCGAAAUUCCAUCAACCAGGUUGUGCAGCUGAGAUACGGAGAGGAUGGUCUGGCUGGGGAGAGCGUAGAGUUCCAGAAUUUGGCCACCUUGAAGCCUUCAAACAAAGCAUUUGAAAAAAAGUUCAAGUUUGAUUAUGCCAAUGAGCGGGCUUUACGCAGGACGCUGCAGGAGGAUGUAGUGAAGGACAUUCUCAGCGAUGCCCAUGUACAGAAUGAACUGGAGAAGGAGUUUGAGAAGAUGAAGGAGGACAGAGAAGUUCUGAGGGUCAUAUUCCCAACUGGGGACAGCAAGGUUGUCCUUCCCUGUAACCUGCAAAGAAUGAUUUGGAACGCUCAGAAGAUAUUUCAUAUAAACACACGCAUGCCCUCAGAUCUUCACCCCAUUAAAGUUGUAGAUGGGGUAAGGGAGCUCAGCAAAAAACUGGUGAUUGUAAAUGGGGACGAUCCCCUCAGCCGACAGGCGCAGGAGAAUGCCACCCUCCUGUUUAACAUCCACCUGCGCUCCACCCUCAGUAGUCGGCGAAUGAUUGAGGAGUUCAGGCUCAGUGGAGAGGCUUUUGAUUGGCUCUUGGGGGAGAUUGAGUCUAAAUUCAAUCAAGCCAUUGCACAUCCAGGAGAGAUGGUGGGGGCUUUGGCCGCCCAGUCUCUAGGAGAGCCAGCUACUCAGAUGACCCUGAACACCUUCCAUUACGCCGGUGUGUCGGCUAAAAACGUCACCCUGGGUGUCCCACGUCUAAAGGAACUGAUCAACAUCUCGAAGAAACCAAAGACCCCUUCUCUGACGGUCUUCUUGCUGGGGCAGUCUGCUCGGGAUGCUGAGAGGGCAAAGGAUAUUCUGUGCCGCCUGGAGCACACAACACUACGCAAGGUCACAGCCAACACUGCCAUUUAUUAUGAUCCAAACCCUCAGAAUACUGUGGUUGCAGAGGACCAGGAAUGGGUUAAUGUGUACUAUGAAAUGCCUGACUUUGAUGUGACGAGAAUCUCCCCCUGGCUGCUCCGCGUGGAACUGGACCGGAAGCACAUGACUGACCGCAAACUGACCAUGGAGCAGAUAGCGGAGAAAAUCAAUGCAGGCUUUGGGGAUGAUCUCAACUGUAUCUUCAAUGAUGACAACGCUGAGAAACUGGUUUUGAGAAUCCGGAUCAUGAACAGUGAAGAAAACAAGAUGCAGGACGAGGAGGAAGUUGUGGACAAGAUGGACGAUGAUGUGUUUCUGCGUUGCAUUGAGUCAAACAUGCUGACUGAUAUGACUCUUCAAGGAAUUGAGCAAAUUAGCAAGGUGUACAUGCAUCUCCCCCAGACUGACAAUAAGAAAAAGAUCAUUCUUACUGAGGACGGGGAGUUCAAGGCCCUUCAGGAAUGGAUUCUGGAAACAGACGGUGUCAGCCUGAUGCGUGUCCUCAGUGAGAAGGACGUGGAUCCAGUCAGAACCACCUCAAACGAUAUUGUGGAGAUAUUUACGGUCCUGGGCAUAGAAGCUGUCAGAAAAGCCCUGGAGAGGGAAUUGUACCACGUCAUCUCGUUUGAUGGUUCAUACGUUAAUUACCGCCACUUGGCGCUACUGUGCGACACCAUGACCUGCAGGGGGCAUCUUAUGGCUAUCACACGUCAUGGAGUCAACAGGCAGGACACGGGGCCACUCAUGAAAUGUUCCUUUGAAGAGACGGUGGAUGUGCUGAUGGAAGCCGCUGCUCAUGGAGAGUCUGAUCCCAUGAAGGGGGUGUCUGAGAAUAUCAUGUUGGGACAACUGGCUCCAGCAGGAACAGGCUGCUUUGACUUACUGUUGGAUGCAGAGAAGUGUAAAUUUGGCAUGGAGAUUCCCACCAACAUUCCUGGCCUUGGAGGAGGUGGACCCACCGGCAUGUUUUUUGGUACUGCCCCCAGCCCUAUGGGAGGAAUGUCACCUGCCAUGACCCCUUGGAACCAGGGAGCCACCCCGGCAUAUGGAGCCUGGUCCCCAAGUAUCGGAAGUGGAAUGACCCCUGGAGCUGCCGGCUUCUCUCCAAGUGCCGCUUCUGAUGCCAGUGGCUUCAGCCCAGGUUACUCCCCUGCUUGGUCCCCCACCCCUGGUUCUCCUGGAUCUCCAGGGCCUUCAAGUCCCUACAUUCCCUCCCCAGGUGGCGCUAUGUCUCCAAGUUACUCUCCUACCUCCCCUGCUUAUGAACCCCGAAGCCCUGGAGGCUACACUCCCCAGAGCCCCAGCUAUUCACCAACUUCUCCUUCCUACAGCCCAACAUCCCCUUCUUACUCCCCCACAAGUCCCAACUACUCUCCCACAUCUCCCAGUUAUUCUCCCACUUCUCCCAGCUACUCUCCAACAUCUCCAUCUUACAGCCCCACCUCUCCUUCUUAUUCUCCCACAAGCCCAAGCUACUCCCCCACUUCACCCAGCUACAGCCCUACAUCUCCCAGUUACAGCCCAACAUCACCAAGCUACUCCCCUACAUCUCCCAGUUACAGCCCAACAUCCCCCAGCUACUCCCCUACUUCUCCCAGUUACAGCCCAACAUCACCCAGCUACUCCCCUACAAGUCCCAGCUACUCUCCUACAAGCCCCAGUUACUCUCCAACAUCUCCAUCUUACAGCCCCACCUCCCCAUCCUACUCCCCUACUUCCCCCAACUACUCCCCUUCUUCCCCCAACUAUACGCCAACAUCUCCCAGUUACUCUCCCACUUCUCCCAGUUACAGUCCUACCUCUCCCAGUUACUCUCCCACAUCUCCUAAUUACAGUCCAACCAGCCCUAGUUAUUCUCCCACAUCUCCCAGUUACUCACCCUCCAGUCCCCGUUACACCCCACAGUCUCCCAGCUACACGCCAAGCUCUCCCAGUUACAGCCCAAGUUCUCCCAGUUACUCUCCUACCAGCCCCAAAUACACCCCAACAAGCCCAUCUUACAGCCCCAGCUCCCCAGAGUACACCCCAACUUCUCCCAAGUACUCUCCAACAUCACCCAAGUACUCCCCAACUUCACCCAAGUAUUCGCCAACAUCUCCCACAUAUUCUCCUACAACUCCAAAAUACUCCCCCACCUCCCCAACCUACUCGCCAACUUCCCCUGUUUACACCCCAACUUCACCCAAGUAUUCGCCAACCUCUCCCACCUACUCUCCCACCUCCCCCAAAUAUUCCCCUACCUCCCCGACUUAUUCCCCAACCAGCCCCAAAGGCUCCACGUACUCUCCUACUUCUCCAGGUUACAGCCCCACGUCUCCAACGUACAGUCUCACCAGCCCGGCAAUCAGUCCAGAUGACAGUGAUGAGGACAACUGAGGUGGUGGUGGUGGUGGCAUUCUGGAGGGUCGGCCAUGUUUCUGUCUGGGCACAACAUGAGCUGUGGGCGUCACUGACUGACACUUUGACUGUUGGACCUUUAAUUGAUGGUGAGGGCCAUGUGCCCAGGCCAAGACUGUGGAAGGAGAUGUUGGUUAUUUCUAUAUAUUGUAAUGGGAAUUUUAACACAUUCUGACCCCCCACCGUACAGUUUUAUUUGCACUUACCUGUCGGCAAACGAUUCCUUUAGUAUCGGCAAGAGAAAGGGGGGGUUGGACUUGAAGUUUUUUUUGUAUUGUGAUUUUCGAUUCCUUUUAAAGCUGCUUUUUGUUCUGCCAAGAUUUUCCUCUUCUUGCGCCUCUAAAAUAGACACAUUUCUAAAGGUUUAUUUAGGAACGUUCAUAAAUGUCUAAUGUCGCUUGUACUUCUCAAAUAAAUUGUCCCAAAAUUU